AUGGUUCGGUGCGGCAGGGCCGGUCUGGUGUGGAUGUUAGUCGGGGUGCUGCUCCCGGGGGCCCGACCCCAGGCCUGUCCGCGGCCCCCCUGCUGGGACCGCCUGGUGGCCUCGCUCCCUCGGGGGCCCGGGCCGGACGCGGGCCCCGGGACCGCCGUCUGUGAGGGUCCGACCGGGGGCAGAGGCUGCAGAAUGGGGGUCCCUCUUCCAGCAGCAGUCACCAACACCCCCUCAAGAGUGGACCCCCGGGUGGGGGGUCUCCCACAAGUCCAGCCCAAGGUGGCGCCCCCUGCUGGCGAGGCCUGGGAGCGCGUGGCGCGGCUGCAGCGCUGCAUGGGCUCGCCCCGAGACUCAGGGGCCCCGUGGGGCCGCCGCGUGCCGAAGGACGGGACCCCCCUGGGGGCCGUGCUGGCCCUCAUGGCGGCCGUGCUGACGGAGUGCGACCUCCACUGUCACAGCCGACCCCUCCAGGCGAUGGCCAGGAGACUGGAGGGAGCCGCAGUGGGCCGGCAGGGUGAGAAAGAUCUUCUGCUGCUUCUGAAGAGCAUCACACAACAUCCCCCCCUCGCAGUCCCCCCGCUGGCCCGGCUCCACCCUCAGGACUGCGCAGAGAUCUACCGACGGGGGAUCGUGGAGAACGGUUUCUACACCAUCCAGCCCGCCCUGCAGCGCCCGGCCCUGGAGGCUAAGUGCGACAUGCAGACGGCGGGCGGCGGCUGGACGGUGUUCCAGCGCCGGCAGGACGGCUCGCUGGACUUCAACCGGACGUGGCAGGCCUACGCCGAGGGCUUCGGCUCGCCGCCGGCCGGGGAGCUGUGGCUGGGGAACGCGGCGCUGCACGCCCUGACGGCCGCCGGCGGUCCCCACACGCUGCGCAUCGAGCUGGAGGACUGGAGGCAGCAGCGCCGCCACGCCGUCUACAGCAGCUUCAGGGUCGGGCCGGAGGCUCAACGAUUCCGUCUCACCGCGCGGGAGUACUCCGGCGACGCGGGCGACGCCCUGAGCUACAGCGCGCGCUACAACCACGACGGCCGGGCCUUCAGCACGGCGGACCGCGACCACGACCGCUACGCCGCCGGCCACUGUGCGCGCUACUACGGGGCGGGCUGGUGGUUCGACGCCUGCCUGGCCGCCAACCUGAACGGGCGCUACUACCGCGGACGCUACGGCGGGCUGACCGACGGGAUCUAUUGGGGCACGUGGCACGCCCUGACGGACGCGCGCACGGGAGAGCGCCUCUCCUUCAAGACCGUGGAGAUGAAGACCAGGCCGGGGCCGCCGCAAGGCUGA